GCACCAACGUGGCGACAAGCAGUAGCAGAGGUAAUGAACACACGAUACGCAAACAGCAAAAAGAUAUACACAGACGCAGCAAAAAACAAAGUAGGCACAGCAAUAGCCGCCCUAGAUACAAAUACCGGAAAACACGUUGCAAUGAAAAUUAACCCAAACAUAAGCAUUUCAAACGCGGAACUUAUAGCAAUUAGAACAGCAAUGGAAAUCAGUCAAAUGAAUGACUACGCAGAAACAGUCAUAGUAACGGACUCAAGAAGCGCAUGUCAAAUGCUGAAGAAUAAAGAACACAUAAAAACAAACCACAUUAUAACGGAAAUAAAUAAACAAAUUAAUCAAGCGGUAGAAAGGAACAACAAAAUAAGAAUCCAAUGGGUGCCAAGUCACAUGGGUUUAAAAUGGAACGAAGCAGUUGAUAAAUUAGCGGUGGAAGCAACAAAAGAGUUACAGCAUAAUUUUGAAACACUAACAAUAGAAGAUACAAUAAUCUUGGCAAAACGAGUAAACCGCGAAAAAUGGAAAAAUAAAUAUAAAGAAAUCUCAGCAACCAAAGGAAAACAACACUUCGAAUUCAUGAAAGAACCGGGAGAGAAAAUCUGGAGCAAAAACAUGAAACUCACUACCCAAGAGAAGAUAAUUUUAAACAGAGUACGCUCGAACCACUGUAUGACAAAGGAUAGACAAGGCAGCUGGGGAUGGAUAACAGACACCUCCUGCGACACAUGUCAAAAAGAGGAAAACCUAGAACACAUCCUAUAUUGGUGCGCCAAAUGGACCACAAUAAGAUCAAAAUACAAGGCACUCGAAAUACAAAAACCUCUAAAAGAAAUAUUCAAAAGCGAAAACGAAACUGAAAUAAAAAGCAUCGCAAGAUUUCUGAUUGAAACGAAAGUAGAAAUCUAGACGACCAAACAAAAAUAAACACCCGAAUAACAAGACAAAAUCAAAACACAAGAAGGACGAGAUGGACCAACCAUGGUCUUAGUCCACAAUGAAACGUACAAAAAAAAAAUAUCUUAUAUUAGUUUAAAUUAUACCAAUAAUGUUGUGCAAUAGGUCAGCAACAGUCGGAAUAAAACGAAUUCUUCGGUAUGUGUCUCAAGUUCGAUGGAAUCAUAACAGUGCCCUGCUGGAAACUCACAUUCGAAACAUUGGCAUAUUGGCUCACAUCGAUGGUGGCAAAACAACCACCACCGAACGGAUGCUGUUUUAUUCCGGCAAAACCAACAUCCUUGGAGAAGUACAUCAUGGCAAUACUGUGACGGACUUUCUAGUACAAGAACGCGAGCGUGGUAUAACGAUUUGUAGUGCGGCAGUUAGUUUCGACUGGCGCGAUUAUCGUAUCAAUCUGCUAGAUACACCUGGUCAUAUAGAUUUUACGAUGGAAGUUGAACAAUCAUUAGCAGCCGUCGAUGGUACUGUAGUCAUCCUGGAUGGAUCCGCAGGAGUGGAAGCGCAAACUGUUACCGUUUGGAGUCAAGCCGACCGACACAAACUUCCUCGGAUAGUUUUCAUCAAUAAGAUGGACAAGGACAACGCGGACCUGGAUAACUGUUUACAGGAUUUACAGAAGAAACUUGGGAUAGUACCUGUUCUGUUGCAGUUACCUGUUUUCGAACAUGGGAAACUUUCUGGAGUGAUUGACAUCUUAUCUGGAACCCAAGUAGUUUGGGAUAAACCAUCUAAUGGACGAAAAUAUACAAGAGUUCCUCUGUCUGAAACGCAAACACUGGACGUCCGCAAAAACUUAUUCGAAGUGAUUGAUGUUCUAUCCGGCAAAGAUGAUGAUUUGGCGCAAGCGAUCAUAGACGCAGAAAGCAUGGAGAAUAUCAAAACGGAAUUGGUACUGCAAGCAAUUCGGAGAUGCACUCUGAAACAGCAGGUGGUACCUGUUCUUGUAGGAUCUGCUUACAAAAACAUUGGUAUACAGCUUCUUAUGGAUGCUGUUCUCAAAUAUCUGCCAGCUCCAAAUGAACGGAAUGAUAUUUAUAACUGUUUUGGGACAGAUUUCGUGGGAAAAGUUUUUAAGGUAACUCACGAUAAACAACGUGGCGCGUUGAGUUUGAUACGGGUUUUUAGAGGAACUCUUAAAAAGGGAUCGAAAAUUGUUACUGCAAAAGGAACGGCCGAAACCGUUCAAAGAAUGUACUCCCCUUGGGCUGACGAAUACAGAGAAAUAUCGUCGAUUGCCGCAGGCAAUAUAGGCUUAUGUGCGGGUCUAAAGUCCACAGUAACCGGAGAUCUAGUAGUAUCGAAUGUUUCUGUUUUGAGAAAUGCACUGAAGAAACUUAGUAUUAACAAUGCUAGCUCAGACGAAAGUGACGAUGAGAUCCUCGUUAACAAACUGUCUCUUCAAACUGUCGUUCCGGAUGCGGUAUACUUUUGUUCUAUCGAACCUCCGUCGUCUGCCUAUCAAGUCGCUUUGGAUCAUGCUUUGAAGGAAAUCCAACGUGAAGAUCCCAGUUUGCGUGUUUCCUAUGAUGAAACGACCAUGCAGACCGUCUUGGGUGGCAUGGGCAAACUUCAUUUGGACAUUAUCAAGUCAAGAAUUUUUUCAGAGUAUAAAAUCGAUGUUGAUUUGGGACCAUUGCAGAUAGCUUACAAAGAAGCAUUGGAAGAACCAUGUUGCGGAACUUGGACGGCCGAGAAGGAAAUCGCAGGACAUCGUCAGUUGGUUCGAAUGGAAUUAACGAUUCACGGCGACAAAUACAGCGAAAGAUUUCGGCUAGAUAACUCUUCAGAGGCACAAGAAAACCUGAAAAUGAUACGUCCAAAACAAAUAGCUUUCGUAAAAAAAGGUGCUCUUGCCGCCCUAGAACGCGGUCCCAAAUUGGGAGGACAACUGAUGGAUGUUGCCAUCACCUUGCACCAUUUGACUAUUGGGAAAGGAACCGCGGAUACGUUCAUAAUGGCUGCCUCUGCGCAGUGUGUACGACAUGUUCUUGCAACGGCGAAAUGUCGCUUGAUGGAACCAAUUAUGUUGCUGGAGAUUGCAAUGCCAUCCGAACAUCUGAGUGCUAUUCAAACGGAUUUGAACCGAAGACGUUGCACGAUACUGGACGUAACCUCACGAGGACACUUUCACAAGGUGCUGCGGGCGAAUGCCCCAUUAGCUGAAUUGGAAGAUUAUUCGAGUGAGGUGAGGUGCAUCAGCUCCGGUACCGCCAGUGUGGCUAUGGAACCCAACGGAUAUGUGUUACUUAACGAAAUGGACGAAGCAAGUGCCGUGCGGCGAGCGCAUGGCUUAGAAUAAACGGUGCUGUUGAAGUAGUUGUUGGAGUAAUGUUAAA